AUGAGUUCUUCUCAACCAUCUCAAACCUCUCCCUCCCGCGACCAGGCUGAUGACGCUCGCCGGCAAAUCAUCAGCACCAUAAUUCCUUGUAUGAUUCUCGCAUUCGCCGCGUUGGCCAUGCGUCUUUCAUCUCGGCGUAUCAAACAUUCAAGGCUUCUCGUGUCUGACUACUUUGCUAUUGGUGGCCUAGUCUUCUCGUGGCUCGGGGCUCUGCUCAUGAUAGCUUGUGUUCCGUUCGGCCUCGGUUUGCAUAUCGAGUCUGUCCCAUUAGGCGACGUCCGCCAGAUCUUACUCAAUGUUUUUUUCGGGGAGAUGGCUUACGGCAUCAGCUUCACAUUAGUCAAGCUAUCCAUCAUUACAUUAUAUCGACAGCUGUUCCCCACGCGGUUUAUGCUCGCCAGCACCAUGGUCCUAGCUGUUGUAGUCAUUAUGUGGGGUAUUGCUGUUGUGUUGGUCUCUAUCUUCAGUUGCAAUCCAAUCCGAGGAUUCUGGGAUUCCGUUCUGCCAGACUACAAUGUGCCCACCAAGUGCAUCGACUCGAAAUGGUUUUACAUCGGGAUAUCCAUCUCUAACAUCCUUACCGAUGCCAUCUUACUAUGUCUCCCUAUGCGCGAUGUAUGGCGCCUUCGGCUACCCUGGCAUAGCAAACUUACCAUCAGCGGUGUCUUUGCUCUAGGGGCUUUCGUCGUUGCCGCGAGCAGCAUGCGCAUCUAUUUCAUGCUAAACCUGGAUUUCGAAGAUUUCUCAUUCUCUUUCGUUCAUGGCAUGAUUUGGUCAGCCGUGGAAAUGCUAAGCGCGGUCGUUUGUUGCUGUCUACCUUCAAUUCGGCCAGUGCUAGCCUGGUUGGCACAUAGAUCUAUCCGGCGGAGAUUUAGUAGCGAUUCGACGCCAGUAAUGAACACGCAUCACCGCUAUAAAUUACAAGCACGUCACGACCAAGAUGAUUUUGGCAGCCAAAGCACAGUCCUUGAUCUCGAGACUGGUUUCAGUCCUUCACAAACUAGCCGACCGGAAGACAGGCUCCUUGUCGCCAAUUGA